GAGUGGGUCAAGUAUCUGCAUGGAAACAUAUCAGGAGAGUAACUUUUGAGUAUGUAAGCAGUUAGACAUUUAAACUUCCAAACAACAUAACAUUUCAAUAGAGGAUAACAACAAUGCUAUUGUGAAGCAACCAAGGGAUCAGGAAGUAGCGUCACGAAGAGCCUAAGGUAAUGUAGCACUUCAGGUGGGGGGGGUACGACCAGAAGUGAUCGUCCCAAUUCAAUGUGGGGUGCUGUAGCGUAGAGAGGUGAGAGUUCUCAGGGCACUGGGGGUGGAGCCUGGGGGGCCCCGGAGGACGGCACCGUGAACCACUCAGAACGAGGAGACCGAAGCGAAUCCCGCCGUGUCCGUGGUGGGAGGGAUGGAGAAUGGACAUCUUGGUCAGGAGCGGGGAUGCCCAGUUUAGAGAGGAGUGUUUGGGCCUCAGAUUGGUCUCUAGCUGUGAGGAGCUUUCCUUGGUGCCACACUAGGAUCCGGAAAGGGAAACCCCAGCGGUACUUCACGUUGUGACGGGAGAGCAGGGAAGUGAUGGGUUUGAAGUCCCUGCGUUUAGCUAAGGUUAGCGGGGAUAAGUCCUGAAAAAUCUGGAGUGGGGUGUUUUGGAAAGUCACAGAUCCCAGCCGUCGGGCCUCCCUCAUAACGGCCUCCUUCGCAGUGAAAUAGUGCAUUCGGAGAAUGACAUCUCUGGGCUGAGAAGAGUCCUGGGAGCGCGGUCGCAAGGCCCGGUGUGCUCGGUCCAGGAGGAGAUGUUCCUCAGGGGUGUCGGGCGACAGGUGUGCGAAAAGACGUUUAAGGUAGAGUUCAAGAUGAGACGCCUCGACCUCCUCAGGGAUACCCCGAAUCCUCAUAUUAUUUCUCCUUGCUCUAUUGUCUUGGUCUUUGUUCUCCUCCCGGAGGUGGGCAACAUCCUGACGGAGUUGAUGCAGCUCGGUCUCUGCUGUUUGUUGGAACGUUACCACCUCUUCGACUCUUCUUUCGAGUUGGUCCGUUCUGGAGCCGAUAUCGGCUAUAUCGGAUUUCAGGGAGUGUAGAGCUUGGACUGAGGACUUAAUGUCCCGCAUCUCCUUAAGGAGGGAGAGGAAGUCCUUGCGGGUGAGGGGUGUGAGAUCGUCAUCUUCGGCCUCCGAUUCGGAGGGGCCCCGAGAGGGGCCGGGAUUGUUGGGCCUGUUCGUGGCUGGGGUGCCUUUUUUGGUCAGAAAUGGUGUGAGAUCGGACCCCUGGGAUUUUUUGUUACCCCUGGUCAUUUUGGGGGCGUAGGGGGUAGGUGGAAAGCAGGGUGAGGAAUGGGGGUGGCGUUCCAGUUGUGAGGCUCAGGGCCAGGGAAGGUGACUCGGGGGCUUUAAGGGGACAUUACGGUGUGGACAUCAGCCGAGCCCGGCAGAUGGAGCCCGCUCAGGGAGGCCCGCGGGAGGAGAGGGAGGGCACCCCGGCCCGGACUGGAGGGUGAGAAUCCGAAGUCGCAGGAGAGGGGGUCCCGGAGACUAUCUCCACCGCUCGGGGACCACAGGGACGUGUCCCGGGCACGGACCAGCCGGCGAUCGGGGCAGCCCCGCGGCGGGGACCUGGUGGGGGAGAGGACCGCGGGCUGAUGUGUAAGCGACUCCCAGGCGGGUUCCCGUGGAGGCCUCAGUGGGGUUUAGGUGGAUGGAGGCAGAAGGGACCGCGGUCCCGGAGACUUACCAGACGGCCGCCGCUGGAGCGGGUUGCAGAGAGCCGGAGGUUGAGGGUGGUCCGAGCCGGCACCUCUCGAAAGAGCGUGUAUGGGCUUCCAGGUGAGUAGCAGGAGUGGGGGAGAUCCCCUCAGCCUCAGUUUGAUUAAGGUCGCAGGAGGGGGGGGGAUGGAGCUGCGUCCAACCCCUCGAGCGUGGCUGGGCCGUCGGCCGUCUGCGGGUGCUGUGGGGUAUGGUGCAGGAUGAGGGACUGCAGCGGUGAGCAAGGGUCGGUGAAAGCGGCUCACCUCUGCGCAGACGGGCUCUCCAGGCCGCAGGUCCUCCGCUUCUCCGCCCGGGUCCCGAGGUCCAAGAUGGCCGCCGCCGUCAGGGCUCCGUGCCUCUCGCAGCCGCGUCCGCCCGGAUUCUUCCCCCUCCCGCAGCACCGCCGAUCUCCGGUGCCAGGUAAGGGAGGUCCGGGUGUUUAAAGCAGGGAUGGGGGUCCCGUGAGGGCACUCCGGGGGCUCCAAGGGCGGACGCCCUCCGCGACGGGUAUCGCCGGAAAUCGAGGCCCCGGCUUCAGGUGGGUGCGUAGGCCGCAGUCCGCAGAAGCCAGUAUACCGGCUUCCCGACUCCGCAGCACAGGUCCACCGGUGUGAGGGGGUCCCGGAGGGGUAGUAGAUGGUUUGGUGGGUUGAAAAAGUGGUCUGGGGAGGGAAACAGAGGGAUAAUUUCCUCAGGGAGUAGAGAGCUCCCUGUUUGUGCAGCCACUCUGAUCGGCCUCCAGGCCACGCCCCCCAGGUAUAGUGUUUUGAUAUUUUCUAGUUUUAAAAAUUUAAAAACACAGUAUGCUUAUGUUUUUUUAACAAUGAUGACAUUUUGUAUGAUAUUGUAAAGUGAUUGUGUAAGACUUUUGUUGUGUUGGAAUGGGUAAUUUUUGUUGGCGUCAAAUUCCGCAAACACGUUAAGUUUACAAUGUUUAGUUAGAAAACCAAAUAAUGUAAUGUUGCUAAAUAGUGUCCUUAUUUGUUUUAUAUCCUCAAAUCCUGAUUAUGUAAACAAACACACAAACAAAUGAUACUCAAUGUUUCCCACUUUGUGACUGUCCAGCUGAAUGAUCACACGAACUGUGGACAACAACAACGGCACAACUCUCCGCCCCCUUCCCCUUCCCAGUCCCCCUCCCCUUCUCACUCCCCCUCCCCUUCACAGUCCCCCUCCCCUUCUCACUCCCCCUCCCCUUCACAGUCCCCCUCCCCUUCCCAGUCCCACUCAGCUUCCCAGUCCCCCUCAGCUUCCCAGUCCCCCUCAUCUUCCCAGUCCCCCUCAUCUUCCCAGUCCCCAUCAGCUUCCCAGUCCCCCUCAGCUUCCCUGGCCCACUCCACUUUCCACUCCCCUUCUCACCACACCUCUCCAUCUCUUUCUGGGACCCCUUCUCCUCCUUCCCAUACCCCUUCUCCUUCAACUUCUACAUCACCAUCUCAACCCCCCUCACCCUCUAUUGCAUUAACUUUCUCUCCGCCCCCCUCGCCCUCUCAAUCAGACCCCCCCUCUGAAAUUGCAGUACAAAUCCAGCCUCCUUCCCCCAUCCAGCCUCCUUCCCCAAUCCCUCCUCCUUCCCCAAUCCCUCCUCCUUCCCCCAUCCAGCCGCCUUCCCCCAUCCAGCCAACAUCCCCACCCAGUGAAUGGGCAGAGGAAGCCCCUGAAGACAGUUCAGGGAGUCUUCAUGUUGCCGUGGAAAAUGUUGCCGUUGGAGAUCCCACAUCGUUGCAGGAGAUUGUUUCCAACAUGAGGCUCCAUCUCCAGGCCUUGUUGGGUCUUGUGGACGCAAUGGAAAAAUUUUGUUAAUUUUGUGUUUUAAAAAAAAAAAAAAAAAAAAAAAGGAUAUUAUCAUUAUUCCAGUAAAAAAAAAAAAAUA